AUGGCGACGUCCGAUUCUAAAGCAUCUUUACGGACGGUGAAACGCGUCCAAUUCGGGAUUCUCUCGCCCGACGAGAUACGUCGUAUGUCAGUCACUGAUGGCGGCAUACGAUUUCCUGAAACUAUGGAGGGCGGCCGCCCUAAACUGGGCGGUCUCAUGGACCCGAGGCAAGGUGUUAUCGACAGAAACUCCAGAUGUCAAACUUGUGCUGGUAACAUGACUGAAUGUCCUGGACAUUUUGGUCAUAUAGAUCUAGCCAAACCAGUAUUUCAUGUGGGAUUUAUUACAAAAACUAUAAAGAUAUUGAGAUGUGUGUGUUUUUACUGUUCCAAACUACUUGUCAACCCUCAUAAUCCAAAGAUAAAAGAAAUCGUGAUGAAGACGAAAGGACAGCCGCGGAAGCGACUCGCAUUCGUUUAUGAUCUAUGCAAAAGUAAGAACAUCUGUGAAGGCGGAGAUGAAAUGGACAUUAACAAGGAGAGCACGGAGAACCAGACACAAAUGGAUAGAAAACCGGGUCAUGGUGGUUGUGGUAGAUAUCAGCCUAAUCUUAGGCGAUCUGGUUUGGAUGUCACUGCAGAGUGGAAGCACGUAAAUGAAGAUUCACAAGACAAGAAGAUAAUUCUCUCGGCCGAAAGGGCCUGGGAGAUCUUGAAACACAUUAAGGAUGAAGAAUCUUUUAUCUUGGGCAUGGACCCGAAAUUUGCACGGCCAGAUUGGAUGAUCGUUACCGUACUGCCGGUGCCACCACUGUCUGUUAGACCUGCAGUUAUUAUGUACGGUUCCGCUAAGAAUCAGGACGAUCUGACACACAAACUGGCAGACAUUAUCAAAUCAAAUAAUGAGUUAGUACGAAAUGAACAGUCCGGCGCAGCGGCACACGUAAUUUCUGAGAAUAUAAAGAUGCUACAGUUUCAUGUGGCGACGCUCGUCGACAACGAUAUGCCUGGUAUGCCCCGGGCGAUGCAGAAGUCGGGCAAACCGCUUAAAGCGAUCAAGGCCCGAUUGAAGGGAAAAGAGGGUAGAAUUCGUGGGAAUUUGAUGGGUAAACGUGUGGACUUCUCUGCACGUACUGUUAUCACUCCUGAUCCCAAUUUACGUAUUGAUCAAGUAGGCGUACCGCGCAGUAUAGCCCAAAAUCUGACAUUCCCUGAGAUUGUGACACCCUUCAACAUCGAUAAAAUGCAGGUGCUAGUCAGGCGUGGCAAUUCGCAAUACCCUGGCGCGAAAUACAUAGUACGCGACAAUGGCGAAAGAAUUGAUCUGCGUUUCCAUCCCAAGUCCUCGGAUCUACAUCUGCAAUGUGGCUACCGAGUGGAACGACAUAUCCGCGAUGGCGAUCUCGUGAUCUUUAAUCGUCAGCCCACUCUACACAAAAUGAGUAUGAUGGGUCAUCGUGUUAAGGUGCUUCCAUGGAGCACAUUCCGCAUGAAUCUGAGCUGCACAUCACCGUACAAUGCUGAUUUUGAUGGGGAUGAAAUGAAUUUACAUGUUCCACAGUCGAUGGAGACACGCGCGGAGGUUGAAAAUAUUCAUGUGACUCCACGACAGAUUAUUACCCCACAGGCAAAUAAGCCGGUUAUGGGAAUUGUACAGGAUACUCUGACAGCAGUCAGGAAAAUGACUAAGCGUGACGUGUUUAUCGAGAAGGAGCAAAUGAUGAAUCUACUCAUGUUCCUGCCCAGCUGGGAUGGCAAGAUGCCGCAACCAUGUAUCCUGAAACCGAAACCGCUGUGGACUGGCAAACAACUGUUCUCUCUCAUUAUACCAGGUAACGUGAAUAUGAUACGGACGCACAGCACACAUCCUGAUGAAGAAGAUGAUGGUCCAUAUAAGUGGAUCUCACCAGGUGAUACAAAGGUAAUGGUGGAACAUGGAGAACUUGUGAUGGGCAUUCUCUGUAAGAAGACCCUUGGUACUUCGGCCGGUUCUUUGCUUCAUAUUUGUAUGCUCGAACUGGGUCAUGAAGUGUGCGGACGCUUUUAUGGUAAUAUCCAAACUGUCAUCAACAAUUGGCUAUUAUUGGAGGGUCAUUCAAUUGGUAUUGGUGACACUAUUGCCGAUCCGCAGACAUAUUUGGAGAUUCAGAAGGCGAUCAAGAAGGCCAAAGAGGACGUAAUAGAGGUGAUUCAAAAGGCACAUAACAUGGAACUUGAACCUACACCUGGUAACACACUUCGUCAGACUUUCGAGAAUCAAGUAAACAGGAUACUGAACGACGCUCGAGACAAGACCGGAGGCUCCGCUAAGAAGUCCUUGACAGAAUACAAUAAUUUGAAGGCCAUGGUAGUAUCAGGUUCAAAGGGUUCCAACAUCAACAUCUCUCAGGUUAUCGCUUGUGUGGGUCAGCAAAACGUUGAAGGUAAGCGGAUACCCUUUGGUUUCCGUAAGAGAACGCUGCCACAUUUCAUCAAGGAUGACUAUGGACCAGAAUCUCGUGGUUUUGUCGAGAAUUCGUAUCUCGCUGGUCUCACACCUUCAGAAUUCUACUUUCACGCAAUGGGCGGUCGUGAAGGUCUUAUCGAUACCGCCGUGAAGACGGCUGAGACUGGUUACAUUCAGCGUCGUUUGAUAAAGGCUAUGGAAUCAGUGAUGGUGCAUUAUGAUGGUACCGUACGUAAUUCCGUCGGUCAAUUGAUUCAGCUGCGUUAUGGAGAGGACGGUCUCUGCGGCGAGACCGUGGAAUUCCAGAAUCUACCAACAAUCAAGGUGAGCAAUAAGGCUUUCGAGAAGAAAUUCAAGUUCGAUCCCACCAAUGAGCGAUACUUGCGGCGUAUAUUUAACGAGGACAUCGUCCGAGAGAUGAUGGGUUCCGGUGAAGUGAUCUCCGAACUAGAAAGAGAAUGGGAACAGUUGAACAGGGAUCGUGCUGUACUCCGUGAAAUCUUUCCGAGCGGAGAAUCCAAAGUUGUACUACCCUGUAAUCUGCAGAGGAUGAUUUGGAAUGUGCAGAAGAUUUUCCACAUCAAUAAGCGAGCGCCGACCGAUCUCAGUCCAAUGAGAGUGAUCCAAGGCGUUAAGAAUCUUCUAGAAAAGUGUAUCAUCGUUGCCGGGGAUGACAGACUGAGCAAACAAGCGAACGAGAACGCAACAUUACUGUUCCAGUGUUUAGUAAGAUCGACUUUAUGCACCAAGUGCGUCUCCGAGGAGUUUAGGCUGUCCAGUGAGGCCUUCGAAUGGUUAAUUGGAGAAAUCGAGACAAGAUUCCAGCAGGCUCAGGUAUCACCCGGCGAAAUGGUCGGCGCAUUGGCGGCGCAGUCUCUCGGCGAGCCUGCCACACAGAUGACUUUGAACACUUUUCACUUUGCUGGUGUAUCAUCGAAAAAUGUAACCCUUGGUGUGCCCAGAUUGAAAGAAAUCAUCAACAUUAGCAAGAAACCGAAGGCGCCAUCACUCACAGUGUUUCUGACGGGCGCUGCCGCGCGUGAUGCCGAGAAGGCAAAGAAUGUCCUUUGUCGAUUAGAACACACGACGUUGAAAAAGGUGACGGCAAAUACGGCGAUAUAUUACGAUCCAGAUCCACAGAACACAGUAAUUGCAGAAGAUCAGGAGUUCGUCAACGUGUAUUACGAGAUGCCUGAUUUUGAUCCUACAAAAAUAUCGCCGUGGUUGCUGCGAAUAGAGCUGGAUAGGAAACGAAUGACUGACAAGAAGUUAACAAUGGAACAGAUCGCGGAAAAGAUCAACGCUGGUUUUGGUGAUGAUCUGAACUGCAUAUUCAAUGAUGAUAACGCCGAAAAGUUGGUACUGCGCAUCAGAAUAAUGAAUAGUGACGACAACAAGUUCCAGGACACGGACGAGGAGACUGUAGAUAAGAUGGAGGACGAUAUGUUCCUCCGCUGUAUCGAAGCCAACAUGCUUAGUGAUAUGACUCUACAGGGUAUUGAAGCUAUCGGAAAAGUUUACAUGCAUCUACCACAAACGGAUUCUAAAAAACGCAUUGUUAUCACGGAAACUGGUGAAUUCAAGGCCAUCGCAGAAUGGCUCUUGGAAACCGACGGGACAAGCUUGAUGAAAGUAUUGAGCGAGAGAGAUGUUGAUCCCGUACGGACGUUCAGCAAUGAUAUUUGUGAAAUAUUCCAAGUGCUCGGCAUCGAAGCCGUGCGAAAGUCAGUAGAAAAAGAAAUGAAUGCAGUGUUGCAGUUCUAUGGUCUUUAUGUCAACUAUCGACAUCUCGCCUUGCUUUGUGAUGUCAUGACGGCAAAGGGUCAUCUUAUGGCGAUAACACGUCAUGGAAUUAAUAGACAAGACACCGGUGCUUUAAUGAGGUGUUCCUUCGAAGAAACGGUGGAUGUAUUGUUGGAUGCUGCAUCUCACGCAGAGGUAGAUCCAAUGAGAGGAGUAUCCGAAAAUAUUAUAAUGGGACAACUUCCCCGAAUUGGAACAGGAUGCUUUGAUCUGUUACUGGACGCGGAGAAAUGUAAGUCUGGUAUCGAAAUUCCUAUGGCAGUUGGGGCAGGUAUGAUGGGAACAGCAGGAAUGUUUUUCGGCAGCGUAACUGGCAUGUCCAGUAUGAGCCCUCAAAUGACUCCUUGGAUGGGAGCUACUCCUGGUUAUGGCGCGUCGAAUAUGUCGCCAGCUUUGAGCAGCGGUAUGACGCCAGGUGGUGCAUGUUUCUCGCCAUCGGGAGCAUCAGACGCAUCCGGCUUAUCGCCAGCAUACUCUGCUUAUUCACCGCAGCCGGGAAGUCCCGGUAGUCCAGGUCCAAGUAUGAGUCCAUUCCCAAUGUCACCUGCUGGUGCGGCAUCACCUAGUUAUUCUCCAACGUCGCCAGCGUAUUUACCUACAUCGCCUAGCAUGACACCGUCGAGUCCGAAUUAUUCACCUACAAGUCCAACUUAUUCACCGACCAGUCCAAAUUAUUCACCGACAUCGCCAAGCUAUUCUCCGACAAGUCCGAGUUAUUCGCCAACUUCACCGAGUUAUUCGCCAACAAGUCCAAGUUAUUCGCCCACAUCUCCAAGUUAUUCGCCAACGAGUCCGAGUUACUCCCCUACUUCGCCAAGCUAUUCACCGACCAGUCCGAGUUAUUCGCCUACGUCACCGAGUUAUUCGCCAACUUCGCCGAGUUACUCGCCAACGAGCCCGAGUUAUUCCCCAACAUCGCCGAGUUAUUCCCCAACAAGUCCAAGUUACUCGCCCACGAGUCCAAGCUAUUCGCCUACGAGUCCAAGUUACUCGCCAACGUCGCCGAGCUAUUCACCAAGUUCGCCCAACUACACACCUGCUUCACCCUCGUAUUCGCCCACUUCACCCAGUUAUUCACCAAGCUCGCCGCAAUACUCGCCCGCGAGUCCGAGUUAUUCUCCGAGCAGUCCCAAAUAUUCACCGACGAGCCCAAGUUAUUCCCCUACCUCACCAUCGUUCGCCGGUACAUCGCCGCAAUACACACCUGCGAGUCCCACAUACUCGCCAACCAGCCCGACAUAUUCACCUACAAGUCCGUCGUAUUCACCGAGUUCGCCACAGCAUACUACAUCUGGUAGCACAAGAUAUUCACCCAGUAGUCCAAACUAUUCGCCUACCAGUCCAACAUAUUCGCCCACAAGUCCACAGUACUCGCCAUCAAGCACCAAAUAUUCGCCUACAAGUCCUACCUACACUCCUACAAGCCCGAGUUAUUCCCCGACGAGUCCGACGUACUCGCCGCCCGUACCCGGAUACUCGCCCACGAGUCCCACAUACUCGCCAGCGUCACCCGCUUACGAGACGGACGACUAAUUUUAAGUUUUUUUUUUUUCGUAAAUUAUAUUUAGAUACUUAUUUUUUUAAAUAAGUUAAUUAUA